AUGCGAAACGACUAUGCAGACUUAAAGAAAGAAGCAGAAAAGCCAGCAGAAGAUAAAAUGGAUAUGUUAGAAUUUCUGAACAAAAACUAUCCAACAGCAGAAGAUUUCCUAUUAUCUGACGUCAAGAAGAAGUAUAAAGAAACUUUCGGUAUCGUUAAAACAUUCGAUAUCCUCAGCGAAGAAAUAGAAGCUACGAAAUUGUUCAGGAUUUCAAAUAUACAUCGUACAAUUCAUGUAAAACGCUUAUAA